UAUUUAUUUUCAUAUUGGUUUGGUUCUACAAUGGACCGAAUUGAUUUUAAUUUUGCUCCAAGCUUAACUCAGACUGGCCGGUCUAAUAGCAAGUUACCAAAUAUUUUUACCGUUCGAUAGGGGAGGUAAAUUUCAGUUGGCUAAGGACUAAUAGUCCAAUGGCCGUAACGUUAAUGGGCUGAAAUCGGCCCAUGGUAGGAGUUAAAAAAAAAAACGUAUUAUUCUAAGACCGUUUGGAUGCAACACCAAACGCGCCGUUCAACUGUCGCGGACCCUGCGUUUUGUUUAAACGGCCCACAGGCGCCACUCAGUUGAGACGCUUCGGAUUCUCUCUCCCUUGUUUCAGAGAAACACAGUGCGUUUGGGGAGAAUGGCAAUGGAAGGCCGUUAUGGCGGAGGAUGCGGCAGUGUGAGCAAAUGCAUGGCGGAGUUUGUGGACCAAGGUAGCGCAGAGAGCCUUAGGUAUUACCUCUCUCGGAAGACGAUUCUGGAAAUGCUACGAGACCGAGGCUAUGAUGUGGCUGACUUAGAGGUUACUCGCUCGCUUGCGGAGUUCCGAGUCGAGUUUGGUGACAAACCUGAGCUCAAACGCCUACGUAUCUCCGCCUCUCUACGCUCAAAUCAGCGUAGACAGAUAUUGGUUGUCUUUAUGGGCUCCGAUGAAAUCAGAACGGCAGCUAUCCGUGGUCUUCUUUGCCAGAUUCCUAACAAAGAAAGUUUACAUGGGUUGAUAUUGAUAUUGCAAAGUAAAAUGAACCAUUUUGCGCGGAAAGAGUUGGAUAAAUUGCAAUGUAAAGUUGAGACUUUUCAAAUUACUGAAUUGCUGUUGAAUAUCACCAAGCAUGUUAUACAGCCAACAUAUGAGAUAUUGACCGCUGAACUGACGCAACAGCUGUUGAACAAGUACAAGACUGAAGACAAACAGUUGCCAAGGAUGCUAGAAACCGAUGCUAUUGCACGAUAUUAUGGUUUGGAAAAGGGGCAGGUGGUCAAAAUUACUUGCAGUGGUGGACUUGUUGAUUCCCUUGUCACUUACCGCUGUGUUAAGUGAUGCUUUCAUGUUGUGCACUACCUUUAGCAUCGUCGGCUUAUGAGUAUAGAGUUGAAUAUUUCAUGGUUUACAGGUUCACAUGGUGUAAAAGAAUUGAGGCUUACAUUUUGCCUGCACCCUGAUAUGAUAAAAUUGUUGAAUUUUGAUUGACAUCUUUUCCUGGCAUCACUUUUUUCUGCUGGUUGGCAUGAUUCUGCAAGCUUCCUGGAUGUUAACUGAUCAUGACAAGUGUUUAUUCAGGACAAAUUGCUAGCUGGCUGCUUCACUAGUGACUAGCCAAUCAAAUGAAGUUGGUUACUAUGCUACAAUGUUGGGUUCUGCAAAUGCUAAUUCCUUUCGGGUUCAAAGCCCACCUUCCAGAAAAGGCUCGGCAUGUUUUGAGUUAAAAUCACGAACUGAAGGGCCUAUUCUGGACUUGGCUGCCGGGCCACUCUGGUUCACGAGAUCUGAGCCUUUUAUUUC